AUGCCUACUUUCGGUGUUAACCAACCAGUGAGGGAGCCUCCAAACCCACAGGGGCAUCCACAGGAGCCCGACCCUGCCAUGGCAAAGGGACUGAGGUUCCUCCCGGUAGAGAUUCUCACCAUGAUCUUCCGGAAUCUUCCAGCAGAGGACCUGGUUCGCAUUGCUAGGACUUCCCAUACAUUUACGGAGUCCGCAGCCUAUAUCCUCCGCACACGAAUGUCCCAUGCCUUCGAGAUUCCCGAACCUACUUUACUCUUCACUUUCGGACCCCCAGAUACUUAUCCAGAAAGCGUGAAAUGUAUCUACAUGGGCAUCAGCGGACUCUCCAGCUCCCCAGAGGGUCAACAGGUGAUGACUGAUGCGUUCGCCAUCUUCCACCCAACACCCUACUCACCUGCCGACAUGCCCACAGGUGGUCCGUCAGUUGACGAGUCAUUGACACGGGAGGUUGUCUUUGAAGAAUCGGAAAAAUUUGCCCAAUUUACGGGGAAUUUGUCCUUGGUGUUGGCUCUGGAAAUUGCAUUCAUUGCAGAUGGCACUACGAUUGGCGGGAAAAUGGUCAUUCGACUCCAGCGGGACUGGCUGGAGAAGGAGAGUUCCAAGAUCAUCUCCCUCGAUCACCAGAAUACAAUCAAGAUCCUGGUUGAAGUACGCAAAAUGGGUGUUGAUACCUUUGAAAUUCGAGUUACAGAACUGCAUAUCUGCGCAGCUCGUAUGCUUGUGGCUCUCGAGAAGACUAAAGAUACGAAAAAUCGAGGAAUCGAACAUAUCAGACUACCUGUUGCGCUCCCUGCAGGAAACAAUCGAUCUGGCAGCGGUGUUUUUAGAGGUUCCCGUGUGAAUCGGCCUCCAUGA